AAGAGACGCAGGCAGGCUGCGGUGACCCAGGCGGCCGCCCCUGCUUCAGGGACCCCUUCCCAGAGAGACGGCACCAUGACCCAGGGAAAGCUCUCCGUGGCUAACAAGGCCCCUGGGACUGAAGGGCAGCAGCAGACCAAUGGUGAGAAGAAAGAGGCUCCAGCAGUGCCCUCGGCCCCGCCCUCCUAUGAGGAGGCCACCUCUGGGGAGGGGCUGAAGGCGGGGGCCUUCCCUCCAGCCCCCAUGGCUGUGCCCCUCCAUCCCAGCUGGGCUUAUGUGGACCCCAGUAAGUCUCUCAGCAACUCCAACUAUGAGAGUGGUUUCCCCACGGGAGGCCUCGAGCGUUUUACCACCUUCAGUUGGGAUGACCAGAAAGUUCGUCGAGUCUUCAUCAGAAAGGUCUACACCAUCCUGCUGAUCCAGUUGCUAGUGACUGUAGGUGUCGUGGCUCUCUUUACCUUCUGUGACCCUGUCAAGGACUAUGUCCAGGCCAACCCCGGCUGGUACUGGGCAUCCUAUGCUGUGUUCUUCGUGACAUACCUGACCUUGGCCUGCUGCUCUGGACCCAGGAGGCAUUUCCCCUGGAACCUGAUUCUCCUGACUGUCUUUACCCUGUCCAUGGCCUACCUCACUGGGAUGUUGUCCAGUUACUACAACACCACGUCUGUGUUGCUGUGCCUGGGUAUCACAGCCCUCGUCUGCCUUUCAGUCACCAUCUUCAGCUUCCAGACCAAGUUUGACUUCACCUCCUGCCAGGGUGUGCUGUUCGUGCUGCUCAUGACUCUCUUCUUCAGUGGCCUCAUCCUGGCCAUCCUCCUGCCCUUCCAAUAUGUACCCUGGCUCCACGCAGUCUACGCAGUGUUGGGAGCAGGAGUGUUUACAUUGUUCUUGGCAUUUGACACCCAGUUGCUGAUGGGGAGCCGCCGCCACUCUCUGAGCCCAGAGGAGUAUAUUUUUGGAGCCCUCAACAUUUACCUGGACAUCAUCUAUAUCUUCACCUUCUUCCUGCAGAUAUUUGGCACCAAUCGGGAUUGAGUAGCCCUCCUCACUCCCCACCCACCCCCACCCCGGCUUCCUCCAGAGAAUGCUCCCUUUCUGGUCCUCUGACCCUUCCCAUGCUCUUGCAAGCCCAGAUAUAAAACUAGCUGCCAGCCC